AUGGCUAUGGAAGCCCUGUCGAGCAUGUUGUGCAAAACGAGGAGUGAUAAGCUUAUCAAAGGAAUUCAAACUCCUAAUAACAGUCCGGUUUUAUCUCACUUUUUUUAUGCUGAUGAUGCUCUCUUACUUGGGGAUUGGGAGAUGGAUAAUUUGAAGAACGUGGCGAGAGUUUUAAGAAUAUUUUAUCUUUGUUCGGGUCUGAAAAUCAAUCUUCAAAAAUCUAACAUAUACGGGUUAGGGGUUGAGAGCGGGGAAGUGUCUGAUAUGGCUAAAGUGAUUGGGUGUAAAAUGGAUUCGAUCCCGCUCACUUACUUGGGGAUUAUGGUGGGGGCUAACAUGAACAAAAUUAACAACUGGACUCCUAUAAUCGAGGUUUUUAAUAAAAGGUUGUCGACUUGGAAAGCUAAAACAUUGUCGAUAGGGGGAGGCUUACGUUAA